AAAGUUUUAAGUUUAAAUUUGAUUUGAUUUCGGUUCGGUAAAAUGUUUUUUCAUUGCGAUUACUUUCUUGAAAGCGAAGAUGAAUCUGAAUCCGAAGGAGAAAUGCGUGUAACAAGGGCACUCUUAAAAGAUUCAUCCGACCCAAUGAGCCUUUCAAGUUCCACGUUCAAGCAACUUUUUCGUCUGAACAAGGAAGCGUUUAAAUAUGUAUUGGAUGAGAUUGAUCCACACCUUCCAAGUUUUAAUUCUACAUAUAUACCAAAUGUAUUGAAAUUAGCUGCAACACUUCGGUUUCUGGCAGAGGGUGGAUAUCAAAGAGGAACCGGCCAGGAUUUCCUUGUUAGUAUGGCACAACCAACUUUAUCGGUCACUCUAGCAAAAAUAUUGCCAAUAAUGGAAAAUAUUCUGUGCCCAAAAUUUAUAUCAUUUGCAAUGACGGAAGACGAAAAAACUGCAAGUAAACAACAUUUUUAUGAGAAAUAUAGUUUUCCUGGCAUUAUCGGGUGUGUAGAUGGUACGCACAUUAAAAUUAUAAGACCAGUAUUAAAUGAGCACCUUUACUUUAAUAGAAAAGGUGACCAUAGUAUAAAUGCAAUGAUCGUCUGUGACUACAAAAUGAGAAUACGAGCAAUUGAUGCGCGGUAUGGAGGAGCCUCCCAUGACUCAUUUGUGUUUAGUUUAAGCGCCUAUCGCAGACACCUUGUUCAAAAAUGGAAUGAUGGUGAUAGGAGAAGUUGGUUAUUGGGUGAUUCUGGGUACACAUUGGAACCGUGGAUGAUGACACCCUACAGGACUGCACAAGAAGGUGGCCAAGAAGAACAUUUUAACACGAUCCAUUCCAAAUGUAGGAAUAUUGUUGAAAGGACGAUAGGCGUUUUGAAAUCGAGGUUCAGAAGCAUUCUCGGAGCAAGGCAACUCCAUUAUUCACCCGAAAAAGCUAUCCAAAUUACAAAUGUUUGUGCUGCUUUGCACAAUAUUUGCAAAAAGUUUGCUGUACCAGACUUCCCGGUCAUGGAAAACAAUGAGGAAGGAGAGGAGAGUGAACUUGUAGCUAGUGAUUUGAAUCAAUUUUCGAACAUAGCAACAGAAAUACGAAACCAAAUUAAAGACGUUUUGUAA